AUGUCGCGCGCCUCUCGUGGUGGCAUGUACUUUAAGCUCGCUGCCGUCUUCACCGUUGUGUCUGUCGGCGGGCCUCUGGGCAUGUACUACCUCACACCUGAUCCCGACGCACUUUUCCAGCGCUUCAGUCCCGAACUUCAGAAACGGAACCUUGAGAACCGCGAUCGACGGAUGGCGGAGUACGAGGAUUUCAGGACCAAGAUGAUCGAGUACAGUAAGAGCGACAAGCCGAUCUGGGUGGCUGCAGAGGAAGCACGAGAGAAAGCACGAGCAGACAUUGUGGCAAGAACGAGGCAGGAGCAGAGGGAUAGGGCGGAGCAGCAGGAGGCUAUGAAGAAGGAGAUGGCUGCUGGGCGGUGA